AUGACAGCUGCUGAGUUGGAGAAGUGGCUAAAAGGAGACGACUCCCAGAAAUCCGGUUGGUCCAAAAAUGAUGGCUCAGGAGAAAGUAUCGGCCAUGAAAGUGGAAGGAAGAUCAUUGAGAUCUUGAAGAAGAAUCCCAAAAAAGACCCAUCCAAGUAUGACCAGGAUGACGUUGCCCACAUGAGAAGGGUGGCUGCGUAUAAUAAGCGCCAUCUCGCGCAAGAAGGCAAAGCGAAAGAAGAUACUCAAAGUAAUUCAUAUCGCAGCCUGAAGAAUUGGGGUCAUGAUGCUCAAAAGUCGUGA